AUGUCUGAUGAAAAAGAUUCCGCGAGUGAACGGGUGGAAAUUCCAAUUUUAGAAGAAUAUGAAAGACCAUCAUUAUUCUCACGUAUUGGUUCAAAGCAUAAAUCAUCACAAUCAACAAUAACUACUGUAACUAUUGAUUUGGAAGUUAAAGAAAUUAUUAUAAUAAAAAUUGAUAAACAUCGAGAAUUGCAUUUAUUAAAUCGAGAAGAUGAAAAAUUAUAUGAAAGAAUAAGAGAUUGGAUGAAUGAUCACCCAGUAGCAACUUUACAAGAUACUGUAGAUAAAUUUUCAUCUGAACCCACAGGAGAUGCGAUAGCAAAAGUUUUACACAAUUUCCCCUUUCCAGAUUUUAUAUUGAAAUUUAAUAUUGAUGAACGUGAGAAACUAACCAAGAAAAAACCAUCCAAAAAAUUAAAAAGAAAAAAUUUCGAGAGAUUAUUAUUAAAAAGUGGAUUAAUAGUAGAAAUAGAACAAGAUGCGGCAAGAGAUAAUGAAUUUUUUGUAAAAUUAUAUGCUCCCUUUCACCAAUUAUGCGAACAAGCUCAGCAAAUUAAAUUAAAGAUGAGAUUGAAUGCAAAAAUUGCAGAAGAUAUUGAUAUAGUAUUGCCGAAACCUAAAUUUCAUUCAAUAAUAACGAAAUAUUUUACGCAUAUUGUUGAUUUUAAAAAACAAGCGGCAUUUUUCAGGAUAAGUAAAUUGCGACAAUUUCAAGGAGCCGAGCCAGAUAAAUCAGAAGGAGAAAUUAUAUUGAAUUUUUUUUCCAUGGCAAGAAGGAAUUUGUUGGUUCAUCGAAUGAUAGUGACUGCAAAUCAAAUGAAUAAACGCGUAGAUCUCGGUGGAAUUCCAAUAAUUGUCAAAAGAAACAUCGAUUCUUUAUCUCUAAAAAAAUUAUCAAAAGAAAAAGUAUUUACAAAACAUUAUCCAUUACAUGAUGGACCAGAUAAUGCUGAAAAAGGUACACCUUUAUCAUAUAUGAAUACUAGAGCUUAUUUAAAUGAAAAAUGGGUUAAAGAUGACGUGAACUCAGUUUCGAUUCUGUGGGAUAAUGCUUUAACAGCUCCUUAUGCAUUUUUUAUGGCUGUUUGGGCAACCUUGUUUCUAGAAACAUGGAAAAGAAACAUGGCAAAAAUACAAUAUGAUUGGGAUAUUCUGGAUUUCAAGAAAGACGAAUUACCGCGACCUGAAUUUUAUGGAACAACUCUACGUAGAUCUCCAAUUACAUUAAAACAAGAAAUUCAUUUUCCCUUCAGUCAAAGAUUUCGAAAAUUUUUUAUUUCGGGAUUUGUUGUUUUUUUUACGUUAGGAAUUGUAGUUGUGACAAUUGGAGUAUUGUUAAUUUUUCCAAAAAUAUAUAUUGAAAAAAAAAUUGGAAAUCUAUCUUCAUUUGUUACAAGUUUUGUGAAUUUAGUGACUAUUUUGAUACUUAGCAUGAUCUAUCAAAAUGUCGCAAGGUGGUUAACAAAUUUCGAGAAUCAUAAAACAUAUUCACUAUAUGAAGAUUCUUUAAUUAUCAAAACAUAUUUAUUUGAUUUUUUCAAUAAUUAUUCUGCAUUAUUUUACAUAAUGAUAUUUAAACAGUACAUUUAUGAAAUCAUCCCUCUUGAAGAAUUAAAAGUAACAUCAUGCGAAUAUGGUAGUUGUAUGUCCGACCUUACUAUUCAAUUAGCGAUCAUAUUGAUUGGAAAACAAUUCUUUGGUCAAUUUAAAGAAGUGUUAUACCCUAGAUAUGCAAAAUCUGGGCGAACAAAUAAAGAAAUUCCACAAUGGGCUCAAGAUGAAAGAUUGGCCCAUGUGGAUAAUGCUAUUCGAUCUGAAUAUGAAGAAAUGGUCGUUCAAUUUGGAUUUAUUUCUCUCUUUGGUCCUGCAUUUCCAUUGGCUGCAUUAUUUGCUUGGAUUAAUAAUACCUCUGAAAUAAGAUUUGAUGCAUUUAAGUAUGUAUCAACAUUACAAAGACCAGUUGGAUAUCAAGUUCAGGAUAUUGGAAUGUGGGAAAACAUAAUGGGUAUAAUAUCACAACUAGCAGUAUUAACAAAUGCUAUAAUUAUUGCAUUUCAUUCAAAUUGGAUGAAAUCAACUUUUCAAAAAUUUACUGGAGAUAAUGAAGAUUUAUUAUUAAUUGCCAGACUUACAUUUAUUCUGGUUUUUGAGCAUCUCGUGUUUAUUAUUAAACUUAUAUUUGCAUAUCUAAUUUCGGAUAUUCCAAAAUCAAUUAGGGUAGCAACUGAAAGAGAACAUUAUAUAGUUAAAUUAACUUUAGAAGAUGAAGCUCCCGCAUUAGAUGAAUAUUUGGCUGCAUCAAAUGAUACUUCAUUAUUUGAUGAAAAUUGGGAAUUAAAAUUGCCAAAGAAAAGAAAUAUGAUUAGUAAUAUAUUCGAUAAAACUAAAACUGGAACCAAUAAUUUUAAAGAUAUAGGUGAUGAUGGUGGAAGUUUAAUUGAAUAA